UGGUGCGAUAUGCAAUUCAUAUUGAGCUUAAUUAUAAUGGUUUUGUAAUGAAAAACUGAUAUAUUUUGUUUUUCUUAUAAUUCAUUUCUUAGUUACGGAAAGAUGGUGUUGCACCAUCAAAAAGAAAGAUGUUUGAAGAGACUCGACGACGAAAGGAAGGAAAAACAUAUGAUCGGCCUUAUGAUGAUACUGAACAGAAGAUAGUAAUUAUUAUACAAUUCUUGUAUUUUAAUAUACAUACAAACUAGCUAUUGUAUCAUACACAUUGAAUUAACCAACUUAUUUUCUUUAAUAUAGCAAGCAAUGAGGAAGUUGGAAGCUUUGCAAGAUGGACAAAGCAGUGAUUCUCGUAAGGAUUCAUUUGUUGAAAAGGAUAUAAGUGCUGAAAAAGAAGAGUUAGCAAAAGAAAAGGAAGUCCAUGCUGCACAAGUUGCUACAGAAGCUGCUGAAAUGCAAAGAAAGUCAAAGGAACUUGAAUUAGAGGCCUUAAAACUACAACAAAUGCGUAGGGAAUUUGAAAGUCAACAAGAGAAUAUUACUCUUGAUGUGAUAGCUCUGUCAAUUGCACAACUACGCCAAAAAGAUCCUAGUUUGACACCUCAAAUGAUUGCAAAAGCUAUAGUGUCAGCCACUGCAGAUGGUCCAUAGCAUAUAGGUUUCUUACCUACUGGAUGGUGCAUAUAGUCAAGAAGUAUGAGCUACUUUAAAUAUGUGGAGAUUUAUAGGGAACAUAAAUAUUAGACAGGUUUUAAGAAAUAAAGCUAACGUAUAGAGAUUAUUGCAGGAUUAUUUAAUUUUAAUGGAG